UUUGACAAUAUAUCUAUGGAGAGUACGUAAUUAGGUUAUUUUCCUUGUUUUAUUCUUUAAAUUGAUAUUAAGAAAAGAAUUAAUUUAAUUUAUUUUUGAUGAUAACAGACACAGUAUUACUUCAUAAAUAUAGGAAUAAUGGCCAUUGGCGAAGAUCAUGAGCGUAAAGUUAAUAGAAAACCCGCAGAUACUCCAUUUAAGCAGCAACAUUUACAAGCAUGGCAACCACUUUUUACUGCAGGAAAUGUAUACAUCUUCUUUUUUGUCAUAAGUAUAGUUGCUAUACCUUUGGGCAUAAGUAUUUUGCACGUAUCUAAUCAAGUCAAUGAAUUAGUAAUAGAUUACACAAGGUGUAACAGAACCAUUACGGAUUCCAACAAGACCAGUGUUGAUACUGGCAUUGCAUGUUAUGAACAUCUUUCACACAAUAAUUCUAAAUGCAGUUGUACCAUAUCAUUCAAAAUUGAGCAGGAUAUGAUGGGACCUGUCUUUAUGUAUUAUGGAUUAAGCAAUUAUUAUCAAAACCAUCGAAGGUAUGUUAAAUCUGCUGAUGAAUAUCAAAUUCUUGGAAUUUUAAGUAAUGAUGUAUCAAGUGAAUGUGAACCAUUUGGAAAAGCUUUUGAUAUUAAAGCAAACAAAGAACUACCUAUUGCUCCAUGUGGUGCUAUUGCAAAUUCAUUGUUUAAUGAUACAUUAACAUUGUAUAAAUUUUCCAACUUUAGUGAGAGGAUAUUAGUCCCUCUAAUUCGUACUGAUAUUGCCUGGGCCUUUGAUAAAAACGUCAAUUUUCAAAAUCCUGGAUUUAUAAAUGGAUCACUAGAAAAUGCUUUUGACGGAUUUACUAAGCCUAGAAAUUGGCAGAAAUAUGUAUGGGAACUUGAUAUUGAAGAUCCUACUAAUAAUGGCUUUCAAAAUGAGGAUUUAAUGGUCUGGAUGAGAACUGCUGGGCUACCAAGUUUUAAAAAGUUAUAUCGCAAAAUAAAUCAUACAGAACCUGGCUUUGAAAAUGGCUUAUUAAGGGGAGAUUAUGAGCUAAUUGUAGAUUAUGGUAUGCUUAUAAAAUAUAAAAGUAUUUAA